AAGCCAGAGCUACUUCCGGGGGGAAAGAAAGAGCAAGGAGGGAGGGCCAGAGGGGGAAUUGCGCAGAAGUUUUGAGGCUGUGUUUGCAGGUAGAGUCGGCUCUGGUCUCUCCGUCUUCUAAUUGUGGCGUUGGGGUAAAGAUGCCGGGUAGGGGGACGCGCGUGGAGGAUGGACCCGAGCCCGCCAUUUCCGCUAAACUGCCCCUAAAUAAGGAGGAACUCAACUCAAAGAUUAAAGAACAAAAAGUUGUCGUGGAUGAACUUUCUAACUUGAAGAAAAACAGAAAAGUUUAUAAGCAGCAACCAAACAGCAACAUAUUCUUUCUUGCAGACAGAACAGAAAUGCUCUCUGAAAGUAAAAACACAUUAGAUGAGUUGAAAAAAAUCCACCAAGAAAUAGAAAAUACAGAAAAAAACAAAAGCAAGAAAUAAGUUUGCUAAAUUGCACAUAAUGUGUGGUAUUUGUUGUUCAGUCACUUUAUCCAUUGAUGGGUAUGGUGGGUAUGAAUUUUUACACAAGAAUUUACUCCAGAAUCUCAAGCGACGAGGACCCAACAGUAGUCAUCAGGUGUUAAAGACUGAUAAUGAUUAUCAUUGUUUAUUUUCUGGUCAUGUCCUUCACUUAAGAGGUCUUUUGACUCCGCAGCCUAUUGAAGAUGGAAGAGGCAAUGUAUUCCUUUGGAAUGGAGAAGUCUUUAGUGGGAUAAAUGUAGGAGCUGAAGAGAAUGAUACUCAAAUUAUGUUUAAUCAUCUUUCCUCAUUUAAUAAUGAAUCUGAAAUUAUAUCACUUUUUUCAAGCAUCCGUGGUCCAUGGGCUUUUAUUUAUUACCAGAUAUCUAGUCAUUGUGUGUGGUUUGGCAGGGAUUAUUUUGGUCGUCGUAGCUUACUUUGGCAUUUUAGUAAUACAGGAGAGGGUUUUUGUCUUGCUUCAGUGGGUGCUCAAGCUGUUGGAAUAGAAAACAAGUGGCAGGAAGUUCCAGCGUGUGGAAUUUUUAGAAUUGAUCUCAAAUCCUCUGCCAUUUCCAAACGGGUGGUUUUAAAAUUGUAUCCUUGGAAAUACAUUUCUAAAGAGAAUACAAUAGAGGAUGUUGACAAGAGUCUUAAUCAGAUUUCAGAUGAUUUGCCAAAAUUUGUAUCUAUUGAGAUAAAUGGUGCCAGACUUUUUCUUAAGACACCUGUUACUCCAUUAAAUACAAAUUUACCACCACAAGAUUCAUUUGAACCUGCUCAUAGAUCUCAUAUCACAGCAACUAUAGAAAAUCUUCAGGUUUUUCUUAAAGAUGACCACAUGAAAAAAACAGUUCAUCAGUUAAUUCAUGUCUUAAGUGAAGCAGUAAAGAGACGAGUUUUAUGUUUAUCGAGGACUGAAAGUGUAUUCCUAAAUGAUAACCUUUCUAAAGCCUCUGCUAAGAAGGCAAAUAUUGCAGUACUUUUUUCUGGUGGUAUUGAUUCCAUGGUUAUUGCAAGCCUUGCUGAUCAACAUGUUCCUUUUGAUGAACCCAUCGAUCUUCUUAAUGUAGCUUUCAUGACUGAAGAACAGACUGGCCAUACUACUUUCACCAAAAAUAGUGGUAAGGCAAAAAAACAUGUUGAAACACCUUCCAAGGAAAACAGUAAAAGAUCUGCUACCACAAUUGACAAUAUUCAAGACCAAAAUAUUAAUGUGCCAGACCGAGUUACUGGCAGAGCAGGACUAAAAGAAUUGAAAGCUCUAAAUCCUUUAAGAAUUUGGAAUUUUGUUGAAAUUAAUGUUUCCCUGGAAGAAUUACAGAGAAUGAGACAACAUCGUAUAAGCCAAUUAGUUCAACCCUUGAAUACAGUUUUGGAUGACAGCAUUGGUUGUGCAGUUUGGUUUGCUUCUAGAGGCAUUGGCUAUGCUAUGAAAGAGGAUGAAAUGAAACCAUACCAGAGUUCUGCAAAGGUAGUUCUUACUGGGAUUGGUGCAGAUGAACAGCUUGCAGGAUAUUCUCGUCAUCGUGUUCGUUUCAAGACACAUGGUCUAGAGGCAUUAAAUAAAGAACUAGAAAUGGAACUGGGUCGAAUUUCUUCUAGAAAUCUUGGUCGUGAUGACAGGGUUAUUGGUGAUCAUGGAAAAGAAGCAAGGUUUCCUUUCCUUGAUGAAAAUGUCGUCUCCUUUCUAAAUUCUCUAUCUAUUUUGGAAAAAACAGACUUGACUUUGCCCCGUGGAGUUGGUGAAAAAUUGAUUUUGCGCCUUGCAGCAUUAGAACUUGGUCUUACAGCUUCUACUGUUUUGCCAAAAAGAGCUAUGCAGUUUGGAUCUAAAAUUGCAAAAAUGGAAAAUAAUAAUGAAAAGGCUUCUGAUAAAUGUGGUAGACUCCAGAUGUUAUCCUCAGAAUAACUUUAUUGAAUAGGAUGUUUACAACAUCAAAUUAUUGCAUAAAAAUAAAAUAUUUUUCUAUCA